CGUUAAUAUCAGCACCGGUAAAACAAAACGAAACGAAGUGCGUAUUAAAUAAUUGCAUGAUUCUAGCGCAAUAUCAUUAAUUUAUGCGUUCAGAUGUCAACCACAACUUACGGAAGUUCCCCGCCAAAGGGCGAUCCUAGUUCUGAAAGCAAAGGAAUGCGUGCUCAACCAAUAUCGGACAUUGAAAUGCAAGAUCCGGUCUCUAAAGAAAACAAAUUAAUUCCGGAUUUCACUAGAAAUACGGAUAGCGUAGAAACCGUUUCAAAUACAGAUAAGGAUGUGGCGGAAGCUAACGUAAAAAAUACGGAUAGUGAUGAUACGAAUCCCUUCCACCCGCCGUCGGAUGUAGAAAUGGAUACCGCAAAGUCAGACUCCAAAUCAGAUGCUAAGUCAAAUUCGAAAUCGGAUAGCAAAUUCCGUGCAAAAUCCUCCCCAGAGCCAGAGCUGCAGAUUCCUGAAAGGAGGGAGCGUCGCAGGAAGACCAAGGAGCGCCCCGCUACGGCGCCAGCUGCUCCCCACAAACUCAACUGGAAGUUUAACCUGCGCAUCCUGAUCUCAAACAUGUACAUGAAGAGCGAAGAUCGUCUGCCGGGAGCCUGUGUCCCCAAGUGUCUUCACAAUACCACUCAGUGUACGGAAAGGCAUCGCUGCUCCAUGCUGCCGGAUGCCCCCAAUUUUACGGCGGUGCAGGCCCUCAGGACCACGCUGCAUGGCCAGCACUACGAUACGUUCCUAGACAUCCUGGAGAUGAUGGUGCUGCAGUGCGUGUAUCCAGGAGAAGGAGUCUUUGACAGACUAAUAGAUAUGGCCAUGAUCCUGAUUGCCAAGGAAAUGAGUGUCAAGGAGCUGGGCGACACCUACAACAAGCUGAUACGCACCUUCUUCCUCCUGGUCGACGCCUUUCCUCCCUGCUGGACCGCCCUGCGUCCUUACUACUUGAAUUUCCUGGGCGUCAAGAAUCCCGCCCUGCGUGAUGUUCGUUCCAAUGAUUCUCCCCAGAAGCUGCAGUUCUACCUGGAUCUUCUAGAGGAGACCCUCACUCAGUGCAGCGAAGAGGAGAUACAAGAGAACACCAAGUUUUAUGAAAAGUUCGUGUUCAAUUUUUCGGAGGAGGAGGAUGCUAACAUGUCGCAGGAGACCGUCUUUUUGCGGCAUGUCCAGGAGUACGACUGGCUAAGUGGCAAGCUGUGCCUGGACGACUUUAAGAGAAUGUCACCCGCCGUCCGUCUGGCACGGCUCUGUGAUGUGCUGAACAUGCUGACCUGGGUGCUGGAAAUGGAGUUCCUCUCCUGGCUAGAUCACAACAGGUUGCGGCAGUCGGAGUCCGAGAUGUUUCAGGAGGACUCCCAGCCGUUUGCCUCGAUUGUAUUUGGAAUGUCUGCUAGUACGCGGCUCACGGACAUCGUCAAGCAAAUCAUGAAGCUUUACGGACAGGCAGCAGCCAAAUCCAUGUAUCCAGAGCGUCAGAGGAUUCUACAGCGCCUUAUUUCCCUCGUCAUAGAGGUUAGCAACACGGCCGAGUUGAAGUACGUGGAUAAUGCUGUGAUUUAUCCGAGUCUGGGCCCCCAAACCCGCCUGCUCAUCGCAGACUUCUUCAAGGUCUUUAAGUCACAGAAUCCCAAGAGCAUCAGCACCUACUUGAAGACCAUACCGCAGCUGGAUCACACGUACCUUCGCUACGAGUUCACCGACCACUUUCUGCAGCUGUUCCACUUUCCCAAAAAGCAACUCUUUGGCCCGGAAAAGGUGGUCAAGGAGUUUACAGACUGUCAUUGGCUUAAUUACAAACCAAAAAGCGAGAUUAAGGGCGACUUCGACAAUCAGUUGUGCCGGGAGGAUUACUUGGGAUUACUACUCAGCGCCUUAAAAGACUUUGAUAAGUGGCUGAAUCUUAGCGGCUUCUGGAAGUUCUUGAAAAGCAAGGAGCAUGUGCAACCGUUGACUAGGAGGACCAGUAGUCCACUGGCCACUCCGGUGGAGGUGAUAACGGGUGAAACAGGCAUGGUUUUCAUGUUGGACGAGAUAGAGGAGGAGGUGCACACUUGGAAGAAGCGCAUGAACGUGAAGGUGAUCAAAGGCCGGCCGAAAGUGAAUCUGCCGGUGGCCAGGAUCAAUGUGGCCAAGAUGUGCGUGCGUUACGGCGAGGAUGUUCGACAGCUGAGAUUCCUGCGACGACUACUACAAAACAAGGUCCAAAAGGAGGUCGAUGUCUCCGAUUGGCUGACCUAUCUGAACAGUUUCCUGGGCGACGACGAGCCCAUGUCGCAACCAGACUCUGCCUUUGCAUCUGCAUCCACCGAAUUAAGUGAUGACUGAGUUGCCCGACAUUAGAACCCUAUAUCUUAAGCUCAAAUUUGAUUUAAGGCCUACCAAACCGAAGAUUAAUUUAUUUUUAAUUUUUCUAUGCUCAUCGAAAGCGCUCGCGGUCGGAAACGAUUUCUUUUUUGGAUUACGUUAUCUAAUACUUAGUGAAAAGGUUUCAAAUAAGAAUGCAUUUGAUUCAUU